AUGGCUGACGAUUUGGCGCUGUUGCAGCAACAGCUCGGCGUCUUCCAAGAUGAGGAAGAGAUGCGCAUAGACGUGGCGGCGCGCGUAGUCGCUCAGUCCUCGCGAGCAGCAUUCGAAGACGAGGAGCGGCUCAAGAAGAGCUGGAACGAGCUAGAAAAGGCGGAGCAUGUUGUGAACGAGCUACAACUCGAGUUGAACGAGGCGCAGUUGGCGGCUGCGCAAGAAUCGUCCGGGUUGCUGGGUGAUGCGCAGCAGAGCAAGUCAGUCGACCCGACGACGUCGUCAACACGGCGGGUGUCUGACAUUCGCUUCCAACUCCAUUCAGCGGAGCGCGCGCUCCAGCGCGCCGACGCAGCACUUCGGCAGACUCAAAAAGAGGUCGACCGGCGUCAGGCUGCGCGACUUGCCGAAGCGAAACAGCUCGAGCGAGAGGAAGCAGAGGCAGAGCAUGCGUCAGUCGUGACCCGACCUGCAGCGCAUCCGAAGGCAGCCGACGCCGCAGCAGCUGUGCGUGUAAAGCGCGCCACAGGUCGACCGGUUCCUCUCGCGUCAUCGGCCUCCACUGCGCUCCCGUGCACAAAUACAAGUGUAAAUGGCGGCACGCUGGCGGGAGGCAGCCUGGCGGUGCCAUCGCCGAUCGUCACAACGACGCGCGUGUUGUAUCGAGUGCCGAAUCACCUGAAGGGUAUCACGCAUAGCGACUAUAGCGGUGGCGCAGUGCUUCCCUCGCUGGGCCGGGUGCAAGUAACGCGUGCGGACAUCCGUUCGAAGCAGCGCCGCUACCAGGACGACUCGGAAAUGGUGCACUACGUUGAACGCAUCACCAAACGACAGCGACUGGAGGCGGUGGCAAAUCAUCAGCGUCGGCUGGCAGCUGUGAGCAACCGCGUUGACACGCCUUCGCAGACACUGUCGGUCUCCAUCGCAGAGCCAGCCGAGGCGCAAGUGAAGACGGAAGGUGAGCGAGACAGUCAGGUGCAUCAAGUGAAGCAAGAGCCUGGCGUCGGCGACGCUGCCGGGGGCGCCACGUCAGCAGCCGCAGGCGCACCCAAAACUCUCGUCGCCACGAAAGAGGCUGAGGUCGGCGAGUAUGGUUGUCGCCUCCCGGAGGCACGAGUGAAGGUGGAGACAGACUCACAGAAAGUUGUGAACGAAGUAAUCGAUGUGGACGCACUCAUGGAAGACGACGAUGACGCGGCGGUGGCGGCGGUGGUGACCCGGGUCUCCACCCAGCUCACUGAUAGCUACACUCACUGUAGCAGGACAGCCACAUCGUUCAUGUCACAGAACUCGCAGCAGCAGCAGCAGCGGCAGCGGGGGCGCACCGGCUCUGUAUCCUCGACGGCCAUCUCAGAGAGCGAGGAAUUCGUAUUGGAGAUGGAGGAGGUGACGCUGCUGCCCCAGGCGCGCAUGGAUGCCGCCAUCUACAAUCGCCUACUAGACUACCAACAAGAGGGGCUUCUAUGGCUUCUCGCCCUGCACUCCCGCCGCUCCGGUGGUAUUCUCGGUGAUGAGAUGGGCCUCGGCAAGACGAUCCAGGUGGCGGCGAUGAUCAAUGCUCUGCACCACUCGUGUAUGCUGCAUGGGCCGGUGCUGAUUGUGGCACCGAUGACGGUGCUUCGUCAGUGGCUGGCGGAGCUGCACCGCUGGGCCCCCUACGUGCGCUCUUGCGUCAUGCACGAGAGCAGCGGCAGCGACGUUACGCGCGAGUGGCUGCUGCAGUCAGUUCAAGGGACACCAGCCGUGAUCAUCACCACGUACGCAGCGAUGCGCAUACACCUCGGGCUGCUGCUACGCACGGGCUUCCAGUACGUCAUUCUUGACGAGGGACACAAAGUUAGCAACCCGGAGGCUGGAGCGACACUCGCAGCGAAGUCCUUUACGACUCCGCACCGCUUGAUUUUAAGCGGCAGUCCCAUCCAGAACUCGCUGAAGGAGUUGUGGUGUUUGUUUGACUUUGUGCGACCCGGCCUGCUCGGCACGAUGAGUCGUUUUAUUGACGAGUUUGAGACGCCCAUCGCGCAAAGCCGCAACGCGUGCGCGAGUCCGCUGUCUCAGGCAACCGCCGUUGAGUGUGCCAAGGCGCUGCAGGCGCACAUCGCCCCGUACCUGCUUCGCCGACUAAAGCGUCAGGUGAACACGUCUCUGCCGCCCAAGUAUGAGCGUGUUCUGCGCGUGCCGCUCACGGACGAGCAGCUCGACCAGUACCUGCAGGUGCUGUGCUCACCAGUGGUGCAACGGCUUUUUGCGCAGAUGGGGAUGUGCGGCUCGCCCAACGGUGGCCUCGACCGGGACGGACGUGAUUGCACCGGCUCCCUGCAUGUGGCAGGGCCUCGGGUGAACAUGGCGUCUCGUCGCUACAACAGCAGCCUGCGGCUGGCGUCGUUCCGCCUCAUGAACCAACUGCGGCAAAUCUGUAACCACGCUGACAUCUACGCAGUGCAGCAAGGGGCAGAUGAGGAAGACCGCAUGAUGCUUGGUCGUCAUGGUGCGGCGACGAAGUCAUCUUCUGCUUCGGCAACACGAUCUGGCCAGCAUCGCUCCUUUCGCAGCAACAACCCGGUCAACCUCCUCGGCAGCGGGAAGCUAAACGCCCUACUCAUGAUGCUGAAGGAGUGGCAGUUGUUUGGUCACCGCGUCCUCAUCUUCUCGCAGACUCGCAUGAUGCUCGACAUUAUCGAGAACAUGUGCGAGCAGCACGCCUACCGCUACAUCCGAAUGGAUGGUGAGACAAACGGCCACCAUCGCCAGGAACUGAUGGACCGCUUCAACGAAGAUGACUCCAUCUUUGUCGCCUUGCUAACGACGCGCGUUGGGGGCAUUGGCGUCAAUCUCAUCGGCGCUGAUCGCGUCGUUAUCUUCGACCCGGACUGGAACCCGAUCACAGAUGUGCAGGCGCGUGAGAGGGCCUGGCGUAUUGGCCAGAAGAGAGAGGUGUGCGUUUACCGCCUUAUCACGAGUGGCAGCGUGGAGGAGGCGAUCCUGCGGCGGCAACUCGCGAAGAUGUACGUGACAGACAAGGUGUUGAAGGAUCCGGAGCUGCAGCGCUUCUUUCACAGGCAAGACAACUUCAUGGAAAGCCUCCUGCUCGGUUCCGAGUACGAGAGCCGUGUGCCGGUGGACAAGCGGUACUUACUGACAGCGCAUCACUUGCAUAGCGCCUCGGCUGGCGGCCGCGGCGGCGCGCGUAGUCGUGACGGGCACGCGGCACCGUGGGAGUACGGCAAUGCGGUUCCUGGCGUCGACAGUGACGGGAGUGAGGAUGGGAUCGACAUCGCGGAGAGUGGCAGUGGCAACGACGCGGGAAGCACGGAGAAGCAGCUCAAGAAAGAGCGCACGUUCGGCAUACUGGUUCCUAUUAAGGAUGGAGGCGGUAGUGACGAGGUCGGCACUGGACGCGACGAUACGAGGAAGACAGACGGCGACGACGACGAUCUAGUCGGCAUCCUCGGCGUAGGCAACGAAAAUAAGAAGACUAACAAGAAGGUGUGUUGCGAAACACAGAUGCUGCAGGACCUGAUAGAUCGUCAGGACGUCUCCGUGGCCGGCCAUGACCGCGUUGCGCACCGCCUGGCGCGCAAGAAGGCGGAGGACAUGAUGCGACGUGUGUCGUCGUCAGGGGCGCUCACGACGGAAGCGAUGCAAGAGCAGCAGCGGCAGUACAGCUUGCUGCACGCGAUUGGGGAAAAGAAGGCGAAGGAGGCGACAGACCGAGAGGAGAAGGGACGUUACUAUCGUGAAGAGAUGGCAGCGGCGCGGAAGCGUCGGCAUGAAUAG